ACGUUUUGUGAAGCCGGAGGAGGAGGUAUAACAGUUCACUUUCUGCGGCAACAAUCUCCCCACGCGGUCGCGCAAGUUCUGCGUUGGCCAUCGACGCGAGCGGUUCAACGCAACGUCUCGUCGUGUUGUGGCGUGGCAUUUCUCUCCGGGUGCGCCGCGGCAAAGUUUGUUUCGCCGAUUUCAUAGUUGUUCCACAGCAAAACAGAUCGAUUGGCGCUCCGAGGGAAAAUAAGGACUAAACGUAGCAAGCGCUCGGCACUUCUGGCGACGACAUUCGUAUAGAUUUGUUAAUUGGCGUUCUUAUUUACUUUUUUGCGGAACUGAUGAGAACGAUCGAGCCUCGCAGGGCGACCCAAUUCAGUAGUGAACAGUGACCGCGAAUCGGUUCAGAUCGAUCCUCCAGCUUGGCCGGAUCGGACGUGCUCGCGGUUUCUUAGCGUGGCACUUGGGUGUUUCAGCAUUAGCGUGGAAGAGCUCCUAGUGAUAAGUGCACGAGGACUAUAGAGUGUGUGGUUGUGAAGUGGUCAAACGAAACGGGGAAAGGUUUCUUGGAGGUCUUCCAGUUUUGAGGAUACCUUUUUAAGGGCCUAACAACAAGAAAUACCAACGAUUGUGUUUUGGUGAACGAGAAAAUAAGUCGGUUGCAAUAAGAAAAUCAAAACCGGGUCACCAUGGCGAACGAUCAGACGCUCGAUGAGUUGAUGGGAAUGUUGGGCGACUUCGGUCGGUACCAAGGAUUCCAGUUCGCGCUACAUCUGAUGGCUGCCUUAACGGCUGGCCUCCACAUGUUGUCUCUAGUGACGGUUGCAGCCGUUCCGGAACAUCGGUGUUUCAUUGAUGGCCUCGAUACGGUUAAUGGAAGCUACGCGGAUCACUCGUUUGAUGUCCUCAAGGAGUACAUACCAUUGACAAGCGACGGGAGCCUGGAUAGUUGUUCCAUGUAUACCAGCGGCAACCAAACCGUGCCUUGCGUAUCCUACAUGUGGAGCAGCGAAUACUACAAGUCAUCCCGGACGAUCGAAUGGGAGCUGGUUUGCGAUCGACGAUGGAUGGGAGCCCUUGCUCAAACAAUUUACAUGUUGGGCGUUUUCACCGGUGCCGUUUGGCUGGGUGGCCUAGCAGAUAAAGUCGGGCGGAAAAAAGUUUUCUGCUGGUCCGGUCUGCUGCAGUUGAUACUCGGAGUGGCCGUUGCAUUUACACCGGAAUACUACUCGUUCCUGGUGAUACGGUAUCUGUACGGAAUCUUUGGAAGUGCCGGAAGUUAUAUUACCGGGUUUGUGCUAACGAUGGAGCUGGUGGGACCUAGUAAACGAACACCGUGCGGCAUUACAUUCCAGGCGAUGUUUGCCUUCGGUAUCUGUCUGGUUGCCGGGUGGGGUGCCAUCAUCCAUGAUCGACAAAUUUUACAGGUCAUCUAUGGUUUACAUGGACUGCUGUUCAUUGCCCACUGGUUCGUGAUGGAUGAAUCUCCGCGAUGGUUGUGGAUGCAAAACCGCCGCCGGGAAGCCAUCGACAUCAUCGCCAAGGCAGUCAAGAUGAACGGCCGCGGUCUGAAGGUCGACAAGGAAUACUAUCUGUCCAAGGAUAAAGGACACUUCGAGGAGGAAGCAGCUCCAAGCCAGGCUGGCCUUGCUGAUCUUUUCAAGACGCCGAACCUACGGAAAAUGACUUUGAAUGUUUGUUUAUGUUGGUUUGCCAACUCUAUCACCUAUUAUGGACUGUCGCUGAGCUCCGGAAAACUUGGAGGAAAUCCGUUCCUGAUUCUGUUUUUGAUGGCCAUUGUCGAAAUGCCAAGCUAUAUCGCGAUCAGCUUCCUGUUGGACAAAUUAGGUCGUCGGUCUAUAACCAGCUCCUUGAUGAUCGUUGGAGGAAUUUGUUGUAUAGUGGCCGCCUAUUUGACCAAGGGAAGUAUCGAAUCUACAACAAUUGUAAUGUUCGGUAAGCUGUUCAUUGCCGGGUCGUUCGCCGUAAUCUACAAUUACUCAGCCGAGCUGUUCCCAACUGUAGUUCGGAACUCUGGUAUGGGUUUGGGAUCGAUGUGUGCCCGUUUGGCUGGAGCUGCCACCCCCAUGAUCAUCCUGUUCGAUUCGUUCGACCCGAAAAUUCCGGCUGUUAUUUUCGGCGUUAUCUCACUCAUUUCCGGAACGUGGGUCCUGUUUCUACCGGAAACGAGUGGAAAAGCAAUGCCUCAAUCUCUGGUCGAUGGAGAGAACUUUGGCCGAGGCGAUACGGCUUUCUCCAGUUGUUUGGGCCGCAACCGAACCCAUGCGGAGGAUCAACCGCAAGCUCAACAAAUGGUUACGAUUCGCCGAUAGAAAUCUAUCGUUAUGUGUUAAUUUUUGUUGUUGUCGAAACUUAAUAGUGAUGUGUGUAUGUUUUUGUUUGUGGAAGAGCGAGCGAGGAAACAUUCAAUGUUGGGGACCCUGUUAGUGGCCCUUAAAGUAACUGUUGUGAAUAUUUUACCAUAAUCCAGCCAAGCAUAUUUUGCGGAUUAGAAAACAAUGUGAAUGCCUGUAGAUAAUCGUUUCUGAAGUGUUUAGUCUACAACGAUCAAAUAGAUGAAGUAUUUUAAAUUA